UUGAAAUUGAAUGCUUAAUCACUUCCACUCUCAUUACUCUCCUUCUUCUCCGAGAACUUCUCACUCCUCAUAACGGCCAUGGCGGAAAUACGGACGGCGGAAGAGGGCGUCCCAUCUAGAAAGGCUCCGGCGAGGAGCUACUGGCGAUUGAGCAAGGAGGACUUCUUCCCGGAGCCGUCGUUCGAGAAUUUCACCGCGUACAGAGCCGCCGUCUCCGAGACCUGCUCGCGGCUGAAAGAUCGGCUCCUCGACCGGUCGACCGACGAGACGGAGCUCGUGGAGCUCCGCAAGCAGAGCGAGCACGAGAUGAAGCGCUGCCUAACAUGGUGGGACCUCAUCUGGCUCAGCUUCGGCUCCGUCGUCGGCUCCGGCAUCUUCACCAUCACCGGUCAAGAAACUCGCGAAACCGCCGGUCCCGCCAUUGUCGUCUCCUACGCCAUCUCUGGUCUCUCGGCGCUCCUAUCGGUCUUUUGCUACACUGAAUUCGCUGUUGAAAUCCCCUGUGCUGGAGGUUCCUUCUCUUACCUACGGAUUGAAUUGGGGGAUUUUGUUGCGUUCAUCGCAGCGGGGAACAUUCUAUUGGAGGCUGUGGUAGGAGCUGCCGGGCUAGGGAGGUCGUGGAGUUCAUAUUUGGUGAGUAUUUUCUGGGACGACCCUGAUUUUCUGAGAAUCAAGGUAAAUUCAUUUGCGGAGGGCUUUAAUCUUUUGGAUCCGAUUGCUGUUGUGGUUCUCUUAAUUGCGAAUGGCAUAGCUAUGACAGGGACAAAGUUAACUUCUCGCUUGAAUUGGAUUAGUUCUAUAAUGAGUGCUAUGAUCAUUGUGUUUAUUAUUGUGGUGGGGUUUGCUCGUGGUCAUACUUCGAAUUUGAGUCCAUUUUUUCCAUUUGGGGCAAAGGGUGUUUUCGAGGCUGCAGCGGUCGUGUACUGGUCUUAUACUGGUUUUGACAUGGUUGCCACUAUGGCUGAGGAAACUAAGAAGCCAUCUAGAGACAUACCGAUUGGUUUGCUUUUUUCAAUGAGUGUGAUCACUGUGAUUUAUUGUCUGAUGUCUUUUGCAUUGUCCAAGUUACAGAAGUACAAUGAAAUAGAUCCAAACGCCGCGUAUUCUGUUGCUUUUGCAAAAAUUGGGAUGGAUUGGGCUAGGUACUUGGUGAGUGUGUGUGCCCUCAAGGGAAUGACUACUAGUUUGCUUGUUGGAUCUAUGGGGCAAGCUCGAUACACCACGCAGAUUGCCAGAUCACAUAUGAUUCCACCAUGGUUUGCUCUUGUUCACCCAAAAACUGGAACUCCGAUCUAUGCUACUCUUUUGGUAACCAUUAGUAGUGCUAUAAUCUCAUUCUUUUCCAGUUUGGAUGUGUUGUCAAGCAUUUUCUCCUUCAGUACGCUCACUAUUUUUAUGCUUAUGGCGGUGGCACUGCUCGUUCGACGGUAUUAUGUUAGGGAAGUGACCGAGAAGGUUGAUUUGGUUAAGUUUCUUGUGUGUUUGUUUUUCGUCAUUGGUUCUUCCGUUGGUAUUGCAGUGCUUUGGAACACAAAUGUGGAAGGGUGGAUUGGGUAUUCAGUGGGUGCAGUUAUUUGGUUUCUCGGGAAUUUGGGGAUGGCAUUGCUUCCGAAACAGCGUCUUACACAGGUUUGGGGGGUUCCUCUUGUUCCAUGGUUGCCCUCACUGUCCAUAGGGAUGAAUAUUCUUCUCAUUGGUUCUCUGGGAACUGUUGCGUUUUGGAGGUUCUUUAUUUGCAGUGCACUAAUGCUUGGCUACUAUUUGUUCAUUGGUCUUCAUGCAACUUAUGAUGUGGCUAAUCCAGAUGGACAGUAUAAUGUGGCUAAUCCAAUUGAACAGAAAUGAAGAAUUUAGGUAAAACAAUAUGGCACAGCCAAAGGGUGGUGCCUUAGAAGAUAGUAUUACCUUUAUUAUUGUUAUUGUCAUUUAUUUUCUUUUUUGCUGCUGAUAAAUCUCGGUAUAUAGCUUAGGAUAUCUAGUGUGGAUAGUUCUAGUUAAAUUUAUUUGAGUCUGUUAUCUCCAAAGAAGAUUACUUGAAACGAGAGACCUAUUAUAGUUUCUAUUUUUCAUUAGUUUCUUUCGAACAAUUUUUAAUUUGUUUGCUUAUGGAUGUGACUCACCAUUUUAGUUAAAUACCGUUCCAUUG